AUGGAGAGUUUGAUCAAACAAACAAGGGUGAGAUUUUCGGGGGCAGGACGAGAUAGCAAGGAAGAGAGCAACAGAACCAAAGAAUCCUUUGAAGGAGAUAAAAAGUCACAUAAGUGGUUCCAGAGGCAGUUAUCUAGGCGAAUGAGUCACGAUUAUGACUCUGGUGAUAGUGAAAUUGCAACAGCAAUUGGAGCAGCUGCUUUUGCCAUACAUGCACUGGAAGAAGCCAGGUUACAGCAUCAGAGAAAUGUGAGAGAGGGCUUUGACACCUCCAUGAGCAGGGCGAAGACAAGANUUGGUGAUAGUGAAAUUGCAACUGCAAUUGGAGCAGCUGCUUUUGCCAUACAUGCACUGGAAGAAGCCAGGUUACAUCAUCAGAGAAAUGUGAGAGAGGGCUUUGACACCUCCAUGAGCAGGGCGAAGACAAGAAAAGAAGAGCAGUCUAGGCCACCAGAUGCUGGGAGAGUAUCCAGGCGAUUGUCUGGCAAAGAAACUAGAGAACCAGUCGAAACCUCCACAAGAAAGCUGCCUGCACCUCUUCUGAGAGGUCCAACAAGGUCCAAAAGCAUAGAAACCAAAGCAGAUGCUUGGAAGGAAGCUAAGAUGGCAAAGAUUCAAACAAGAUACGAGAAAAUGAAUUCAGGAAUGCGUGCGUGGGAAAAUGAGAAAAAAAAGAUAGCACAAUAUGAAAUGGAAAGGAAAAAGAGUGAACUGGAGCAGAGAGGGGCUAAGAACUCGAAACAUUACCAAAAUAAGCUAGCAAGGAUUGUUCGUAUUGCUGAAGAAGCAAGAGCACAAGUUGAAGAGAGAAGAAAGCAGGAAGAAUCUGAGGUGAAAGAGCGAGCAAAAAGCAUUCGAUCAACUGGAAAGUUUCCCCAUAGUUGUUUCUGCUGCUGAAUCUCACAAAAAACUACAAAACUCUUUGAAAGCCAAAUAACACCUGAAGUUGUCAAACCUUCCCUACAAGAACCUAAAUAAUUGGGGAAAGAAAAUUGUAUCAUG